CGUGUGCCAAUCACCGCUCCCAAAAAUUCCAACAUUGCCCCUCCCUUCCACCCUCUCCCCGUACUUUACCGGCCUAUUUCCAUUCUCAUCUCUCUCUCUCUCUCUCUUGAAUUUGGGGAAUUCUGCAGAUCCAAACAUCACCGGCACGAAUCACUGACUCUCUCUCUCUCUCUCUCUCUCUCUCUCUCUCUCUCUCUCUCUCUCCUGAGGCAUCUAUACAAGGGCAAAGGCCAUGUAAUUUGUUUGAACUGGACUGGAAGUGUUACCUUUUCAAUUUCAGUUUGGCUUCUCUGUUCUAUAUUGGGGUACAGAACAUGAGUAAAUGCAAGGGUCGUGGGAAAUCAGUAAGAAUGGUGCCGAGGGAUGGGUAUGCCAGCGUGUACCAUUGUUCUCUUCUUCUCUCUCCUGUUGUUUCUGUUUGGGACUGUGUUGUUCGUAAGAUGAGGUAUUCCUGCAGGCCUGAGUGGGUGUAGGUGCACGUCUUGAUUCAAACUAGUUUCGAAGUUGCGGAAUAGUUAGUUUUCAUUAGUAUAGGAACCAAGUAAAGGGACAAGAAAUAAAAGAAACAGUUAUAGAUUCCUCUUAGAUAAGUUCGUUUAAACUCGAUUGACUUGGUAGUGUUAUUGGAACCAUGGAGUCCACUGAAGUACCAUCUGGCGUUAGAAAAGGAAAGAAAAAGCCUGUAAAGGACGAGUUGGAUCGCCUCAAACAGGCUGAGAAGAAAAAGAGGCGGUUGGAGAAAGCCCUAGCUACUUCAGCAGCCAUCCGAUCUGAGUUAGAAAAGAAGAAGCAGAAAAAGAAAGAAGAACAGCAAAGGCUUGAUGAAGAGGGUGCUGCAAUUGCUGAGGCAGUUGCUCUGAAUGUUUUACUUGGUGAGGACUCAGAGGAUUCGCGCAAGAUUAUGAUGAACGAUAAUGAGGAGUUUAUCCCUUGGGAAUGUACUACCAGUAUUGAUCUAUUUAUGGGUGCCAGGAGAGUGGUUUUUCCUCAUCAGGACCUCUCAAAAGAUACAUUGGAAGGAAUCAAAUGGAAUCCGUGGGAAAACGGUCACUUUUCAGUUUCACCUGGGCCUUUUGCGGGGGAUCUUUACACGCCAUAUCCUGAUGAGAGAGGUUGGGAGGCUAGAGAAGUCUCCGCGGAUCAUAUUGCAGCGCAAGCUGUCGCCUCACUCCAAAUUGCGGACGAUGCACAUGUUGACUCUUACUUUUUCAAUGGAAUGCUACAAGGGUGAUUAACAGUCGGAUAUAUGGUCUGUUCACCUCUUGUUUCUUCGUUUUGGUCGUGGUUGUCAAUAAAUGGUCUGUAUUUAUCUCAUCGUGCCCUUUUUAUGCAUUUGAUGUGAUGCUUGUAUCGUUUUAUGUGGUUUUAAGAGGCAUAAUUUUGCACUAUACGCCUGUAAUGGUUAUUCAUAAAGCUUACUAUCUCCUUGUGGAGUGUUCUCGCAAUCCAUAGACAUGGAUGAGCUGCAUGUUGUUUUCUCUGCGUAGAGUGAUUUCCCUGUGAAAUGGAUACAAAAGUUCACAUUCA